AACUGCUAUUGCUAUUAAACACUGGUGGCUAGGAAGUGAGACUGGAAGAGGCUAUUGCCCACUAAUCCAAUCUUGUCAGUUUUCCAGAGUCUUCCAUCCGUGUAAUAUCAAGAUGCCUGCAGGUGAAACAUGCAUUAUCUUUAUGAACUUCAGCUGCUUCCUUAGUUGUUUCUUAAUUAACUUCAUUGGUUUUAACUCAUAAAUCUGGGGACAGUAUUGUGCCAACUUGUUGGACUGUAGUUCCUAUCUUCCCUAACUGAUGAACAGUGAAGUCAUAGAUCAAGGUAUCCAGAUGACGCAACAUUGGGGAAGGCUGAAACACUGGAUUAUCAAGUGGAUGGAUCGUAUUAAAUUAAGAUUAAUGGGAAGUUAUAUAAUAUCCUUCAAAAUAAUGUAUUAUUCUGUUUGCUUUGGCCCUAGUUAUACUGACUAGCAGUGUUUGAAACUCUACUUGACAUAGUCAGGAAUUCAUCCUGAUGUACAAUUUUACUGAUGUACAAUUUUUCGUUUGUUUUGUUUUGACAGGAAGGUGCUAAGAAAGAAAAACAGAAUAACCAUUCAAGGUCUUUGGCUAGCAACCUCACUGCAUUUUCCAGGUUUGGGAAAUAAUAGACCUGGAUUUUUAUUGUUAUUAGUCAAUUAGAUUGCAAUUAGAAUAUAGGAUACUAGUAAAGUGUCACACAGUCCAAAUAUUUCUGCCACAGUAAGAUGUCUUCAGCACCGCAACCUCCAGACGUACAACAUGAAGUACCCAAAAAGAAAGAUUAUCGAAUCCCGGGCCUCCGAAGUGUCCAAACAACUACAUUGUUCCGUGCUGUGAAUCCAGAACUUUUCAUUAAACCUAACAAAACAGUUAUGGCUUUUGGCCUCGUGACAGUUACUCUUUGUGUAGCUUAUAUCGGGUACUUGCACGCACAACAAGAAAACAAAAAGGAUCUCUAUGAAGCUAUUGACAGUGAAGGAAAGAGACUUAUGAAACGCAAAACUUCAAAAUGGGACUGAAAAAAACUGUCAGUGUCGAUAUAAAUAUCAACAUGGAAGACGAUGUUUGAUUUUAUGUAUGGCAACUUUCAGGAUUUUGUCUGAAGCAUUAGCAUUUAUUUUUAUACAAUGAAUGCUUUUUUAAACCAAAUAUUACAGUUUAAACACCAGGAUGAAAUGCUGUUAUUGAUCAAUAUUUUGAGUAAAGCCCAUUAUAAGAAAAGAUACCGUAGAAUAUAUGCAAGUUAUUUCUUAUCUAUACUGUGCCCAUAGAUGCUUUAGAAUUAUUGCCAGAACUGCACUGCCUGAUUUUAAAGUUCAGUGUUUUAGUAAGUCACUCAAAGAAACAUUUCUAAAAUGUGUCUUUUGUUCAAUCAUUCAUCUGUGCAAAUUUUAAAUAUUUUAAAUAUUAAAUAAGGGAAAACUGUGCCAUAAUCUAUUCCCAAGUAAUUUAUUUAUGAUUUAGUGUAUUGAAUGAUUGAUGGAUUGACAUUUUUUACUCAAGGCAAUAAAACUAAUCUGUUAAAAUA